AUGUCAUUCACAAGCAUAACAAGAACAAUCAACCUACGAAAUAUCAUCGCAACCAUCAAAAAAUAUUCAAGAUUCAUAGGCCCUGGUCUUAUGGUUAGUGUUGCUUUCCUAGAUCCAGGUAACUAUUCAACAGCAGUAUCAGCAGGAAAUGCAUACAAGUAUAGCCUUUUAUUUUCCAUAUUAUUAUCAAAUUGUCUUGCCAUAUUCCUACAAACACUAGCGGCCAAACUUGGAGCUGUCACGGGAUUGGAUCUAGCAGCUAAUUGCAAAGCCCAUUUUCUGUUUAGGACGAACCUCGUACUAUACAUUAUGACUGAAAUCGCCAUUAUAGCAACUGAUUUGGCUGAGGUUGUAGGUACAGCAAUUGCAUUAAAUAUCUUGUUCAAAAUACCAUUGUUUUUGGGGGUCAUUGUUACCGUUGUUGAUGUUUUGAUUGUUUUGGCUGCAUAUAGACCUAAGGGUCCACUCUUAUUCAUUCGGAUAUUUGAAUCCUUUGUGUCAAUCUUGGUUGCUGCCACUGUUGUUUGCUUUGGAAUCCAAUUGUAUCAGGUAAGUCAUGAUAAAUCGAUAAAUUUUUCCACUAUUGAAGUACUACGAGGUUUUCUCCCCAAUGAAAACGUUGUUGAUAUGUCUGAAAGAGAAGGUGGGAAUGGAUUAUUCUUGAGUUUGGCCAUAUUGGGUGCCACUGUAAUGCCACAUUCCUUGUACCUUGGGUCUGGAUUAGUACAGUCGAGAUUGAAAGAUUACGAUAUCAAGAAUGGAUUUUAUAAGCCAUUGCCCAAGGGAAAACCCCGGUCUUCAUUGUCAGCUGUAACUACAAGUGAUGAAAUCACUAUCAAUUCAGGAGAACAUGAACCACCAAAUGUCGAAGAAUUGACAUUUUCUAUACCACACCACCCAGGGGAAUUGAAUACACCCCUUCCUCAUUUCGAAAAAGAUUCUGAUACAACAACUCUUGAUGACGAAGAUGAAGACGACGAUUAUAGACCAUCAAUUCAUGCAAUAAAGGACACGAUGUCAUACACAAUUAUUGAAUUGGUGAUCUCACUCUUCACUGUGGCUUUGUUUGUGAACUCAGCCAUUUUAAUAGUUGCAGGCGCCACACUCAGUAGCUCAAAAGUUAGCUCGCGUGAUGAUCAUGACGAUGGAGAUGAUUCUGAUUAUGAUUCCGAUCACGAUGACAAUUACGAAAAUGCCGACUUGUUUACCAUUUAUCAUUUACUUUCAAAGCACUUGUCUCCCACGGCUGGAUUUGUAUUUGCUUUAGCAUUGUUAUGUUCUGGUCAAAGUGCAGGUGUGGUGUGCACAUUGGCAGGACAGAUGGUUUCUGAGGGGUUCUUGUCAUGGAGCUUACCACCAAUCGCUAGAAGAUUAAUUACACGUGGAAUGGCAAUUGCACCAUGUUUAUUUGUUGUCACUUUUGCUGGAAGAGAGGGACUAGCAAAGACAUUGAAUGCCAGUCAAGUUGUACUAUCUUUGCUUUUGCCUAUUGUUAGUGCUCCUCUAAUCUGGUUUACAUGCAAUAAACAUACCAUGAAGGUGCCUGUUUACGUGCGUGAUGGUGACGAAGAUAUUGAUAUCGCAACCAAUUUGUUUGAUAACGAAGUGGGCAAUGUUGCGCCAGUCAAUACUCAGAUCAAUUCCAUCAAGAGGUUUACGAGCUCGGAGCCGGCAAUUAGACUUCAAGAUUUGCGCAAGUCGCAUCCAUGUGCUGGUUGGGAAGAUGAUGACGAAGAGGAAGAGAAUGGAAACCAUCAUAAUCCAUUGACGAGCAACUAUAAUGAAGAAAGCAGGCGAUUGAUUGGUGAUGACUCCAACACCAAUACUGAAGCAGAACCCCAUGCCCAGUCUCAUAGUACAAUCAAGCCAAGGUCGAAUUCAUCAGUCCUGCUAUCAAAUCAAACAGUUCCUGAUGCAAGCGUUGGCUCAUCGUCAUCGUCAUUAUCUCCGUCUCCUAACAUGUUAACCACAGACACUGAAGAUGACUUUUUGGACGAAGAGAAUUAUCGUAUUAAAGGUUAUAAAGAUUUCAGUAAUUCUACGUUAACGUCAGUGUUUGCGGUUUUGAUUUGGAGUUUUAUUACGUUGUUGAAUUUGUAUUUGGUGGUGAAUAUGGUGAUAGAAGCAUGA